GUUGAGGAUCAGAACAAGAAGUGAGCUCCAGAUUCACCCCUUUGCUACAUAUACAUGCAUUGUAGACAAAUGGCUGGUGUACUAUUGUAUACUGCUAAAACUAGGUACAUGGUUAAUAGCUGGCUGGAAUAUCUGCGAAGGAAGGAAUCAGAAGCCUAGGAGCAUGAUACCUACAAAGACAAAGGAAUGAGGAGCUGCUACUUCAAGAACAAGAGGUUUCUUCACUUGCCUGGGCCACCAGACCAUCACUGGCUUGACAGAGAUGCUCAUGAAUUUCCAGAGUGAUAUAAGUCUUGAUAUAAAUCUUAUAGCUCUUUUGGAGCUUCUGACCAUUUAUCGUAUUUCUUUGCUAUUUUUGAAGUAGGUAUUUUUACUUUACUGUCCUCUGAGUUUGAGCCCAGGCCUUCUCUGUCCUCAUAAUAGCUUUCAAUAGCAGGGUUCUUUCUCGUUUGCUUUUUCAUAUUAAUUUAUUUUUAAAUUUUAAUGGCUAGGCCAAUAGACUUAAUUAUUGUUUGUUUGUUUGUUUGUUUGCUGGAGUUACAGGAUUCCUAGUGUAGUGAGAUAUAUUACUUGAGGUUUCAGGAUUUGUGUGUGUGUGUGUGUGUGUGUGUGUGUGUGUGUGUUUUUACUUGGACUUACCGAGUUAUUCCAGUUUUUAGAGUCUAGUGCUAUGUACUACUUCCUAACUCUUCACUUCUCUCUUUGCUGUCCUAAUGAAGAAAGUUCGCCUGGGUGACUCAUCAUCUGCCCCAAGAGUAAUCAGUAGACAUUUAUCAAUCAUGUUAAUUAGUAAGUGAGACUCUUGGUGAGAAGUGAAUGACAAUGGCACUAAAAUACCUUUCUCUUCAUUUGAACUAAUGUUUGAAAUGACCAAUAAAAUUAUACAUGAUUAUUAAAUCCAAUGAGACUAUUUGUAUAUACUUGGUAUCCAAGUAGAAGACUGGGGACAUUUUUUUUUUAACAAUUAGAUGAUUCAGAGGCACUUAAAUUAUAGAUUAAUUGUUAAAGCAGGCAUAAAAGAAAGGGGGAAAGAACUGAAGUGAGAAAAAGUGGAGGCAAAAACUAGUAAGUAGAGAACGAUUAAAAAGGGAGAUGAAUGAAUGAAUGAAAGAGAGAAUGGCUCUCUUAUAUAAAAUCCAUGGAAGAUAAGUAUGGGGAAAUGAUAGCUGUGAAAAAAAAAGGACAAAAUGAUGACCAUGUUAACCUCAAGCAACUUCCACUCUUAGGAAAAUAUUUUCACCAAAUCAUUUGAUUCCCAUUAUUAAUUUGUUCAUAAUUAAUUAAUUCCUUUUUGGGGACUAAACCUUUGACAAGCUCAUAAAGAGAUUUUCCAUUAGUCCUAGAAAUAUCCUUUUUUUCUUGCCCUAAAGCAUAUUCUAAACAUGGAAUAAUUUGUGAAUCUGAGUUCUGCUGUCUCUAUAAACAAGAAGUGACCUGAACCAGAUACUAUGCAGAGGUGGUGGGUCUAUGUUCUUGAUACUCCUACUGAAAUGGGGGCAUUUAGUUCAUAAAGAAGAAAGCUUAACCAGAUUGAGCUGGAUCUUUCCAUCUAGAUCUCCAAAGGCCAUCAGAAUUUUAAGGCACAGGCCUUGCUCCUCAUGAUUCCCUCCCAUCCCCACCAUGGAAAAAUUAGAGAGGUGUUUGGAAAAUAUUAGUUCUUCUUCAUUUGAUGUCCACUAAUUAGAGUUUUUUUUUUUAAUUUUCUGGGAGAGAUAGGCUAAAUGAGCUGACAUGGGAAAAUCAAGGCAUUGAAAAUAAUCCAGAAGGCUGCAGAAUAUCUAUCUGUACCCCAAGAAUGUUAUCAGUACCCCCAGGCCCUUAUGAGAGAUUUCCCUCUCAUUUUCCCUACAUAAAAAGCUCUCUGUUGAGGUAAUCUGUAGUUGUAGUUUGGCUCCCUCCCUGUUCAUGACAUUCAGAUAUUUUCCAAUAAAAAAUAUGUUCUGUGUAUGUUUUAAGUGUUUUUAUGUGCAUAACCAUAGCUUAAAAAUAAUUGGCUCUCUCACAAUGAGGACCUUGAAUAGAAGGUGGUUCUGUUAAAGUUGAUCUCUUAAAGUGGACUAAAGAGAUUAAAAAGCUCUAAUGUUUGAUCAUUUGGAAAUCUGAAAUUGCAUUGUGGAAAUGAUCUAUAGCAUCUAUACUACAUAAAACUGUACAUCAGAUUUUCAUGAUAUAGUGCUUUCUCUAGAAGGAACAUCUGGGUCAUGAAUGAAUAUUAAACAAUGACUUCUAAAGAGUAUAAAUUCUGAGUACAUCAAAAUGAAAAGUUUUUGUAUCAAUAAAAGAAAUCUCGCAAAGAUUAGAAGGAAAGCAGAAAAUGGGAGAGGAAAUUUUAUAGAUAGCCCCUCAGAUAGAGCCCUCAUAUCCAAAAUAUAUUGAGAGCUAUGCUGAAUUUAUGAGAAUAAUAGCAAUUGCCUAAUCAAUAUUUGAAUAAGAACAAAUACUUUUUGGAUGAAGAAAUCAAAGCCAUAUUCAGGUAUGAGAAAAAAUGCAAGAAAAUUUAAAACAAUACAAAUGCUCUGUCUAUACCUCCAACUAAAAACCUGAUAAUUUCCAUGCAAUCCCCACUGCCUAGAAGGAUGGAAAUGCAAGACAACUUUGGUUUAAAGUGCCUCUGUGUGAACACCAGUGUGAAUUCUCAAGUCCAUUAUUGUAGUUAAAACAAAAAAAAGGAAAAGUUGAGAACUCAGUCUCAGUUGUUUUACAGACUAGAGGGGCAGUGACUAACACAAGAGUUCUCAGCUUUAGAGAGAGGAGUAAAGGGAAGAGCUCAAAGAAUGAAGGUGAAAAAAAAAAAAGAAAAAGGCAGACUCAACUGGGGAUUUUUGGUAAAAGUAAUAGGAUGACAAGAGGUUUUCUUCAGGAGAUGGUAAUGAAGAAUUAUGGGAUGAGAAGCAAGGUGAGAACUCAGCCCUGGAGCAGAGGCUGAAGCACUAUCAAAACUUGAAAGUUCUCACCUUUUGUGGGUGGAGCCAAGGGAGGGGCCAACCCUAGAGGGGAACAUAAAGAGACCCCAAGAGCUCAGUCCUGACAUCUUUUGCUGCCAGACCCCAAGGGUAAAGGCUGGAGGAAUAUCUGAGAAGGAAGGAAUCAGAAGCCUAGGAGCAUGGAUGCAAGAGACUUAAUUGAAAACCUCAAGGCAGAUCUGACUUGCUCUAUCUGCCUGGGCUACUUCACUGAUCCAGUGAUUGUCAAAUGUGGCCAUAACUUUUGCAGAGUCUGUCUUCUCAGGUGCAGAGAAGAAGCAGAUGCAACAUUCAAGUGCCCAGAAUGCAGAGGAGUCAUUGAAGACAGAGAUGUGGUGCCUAAUAGGAAGUUGGAGAAUCUGUCUAUGACUGGCAAAAGGCUCAGACCUCAUCUGCUUCAGAGCAUCACUCUGGCCCUCUGUGAUCAGCAUGGGGAAAAAGAGAAGUUCUUCUGUGAAGAGGACCAGAGGCUCCUCUGUGCUUCCUGUGUAUUAGCCCCAGGGCACAAGGAUCACACAGUGCUUGCCCUGGAAAUGGCUGUUGACAAGUGCAAGGACAAGAUCAAGCACACCCUGAAUACCUUACAACAAAAAGAAGAGGAAUAUAAUGUUGCAUUGGACAGAGUGAGCAGUAGAAAAGAAAUCUGCAAAGAGGAUAUACACUCUUUGAAAGAAUCCAUUAUUUCAGAAUACAAGAAAGUACAUGAUUUCUUAUGGGAGGAAGAAAAGCUCUAUCUACAAAGAUUAGACCAGCAAUACACAGACAACAUGGCAGAACUGGAGCUCAACGAGGCCAAACUGAAAAAACAAUUUCAAAAUCUACAAAGAAUGAAAUUUGAAGUAGAGGAGAAUUUGGAAAAGGAGCCCUUGGAAAUGCUUCAAGAUAUGAAAGACACUUUGGAAAGGAAUGAGGAGGCACUACUUCAAGAACCAGAGGUUAUUUCCUUUACCUGGGACACCAGCCCCAUCACUGGCUUGACAGAGAUGCUCAUGAGUUUCCAGAGUGAUAUAAGUCUUGAUCCUGAAUCAGCCAAUCCACAUCUCAUCCUGUCUGAAGAUCUGAAGAGUGUCAAGUAUGGAGAUGUCCCACAGGACUUUCCUGACAAUAAGGAAAGAUUUGAUGAUGCUCUUGCUGUACUGGGGGCCCAGACCUUCACUUCAGGCAAACACUAUUGGGAAGUGUCCCUAGGAGAUAAGACAGAGUGGGAAGUGGGGGUCUGUAAAGAUUCAAUCAGGAGAAAAGGGAAACUCUCCUCAUCAUCUGAAGAUGUAUGGAUCCUAGUAAGCUUCAGAUCUGGAAAUGAUUGCUUCCUCUGGAAUUCUCGAGAUGGCUUUCUUCUGAGCCGGCCUAUAAAGAAAGUGGGCAUUUUUCUGGAUUAUGAAAAAAGACAUAUAGUAUUUUAUGAUGUCAUAGAUGGAUCUGUAAUUUUUAGGUUCUCAGACAUGGCCUUUGAAGGGCCCCUUCGACCUUACUUCUCUCCUUGCUGUCCUUAUGCAGAAAAUACUCCAGGGUCAACUAUGUUAAUUAAUAUGUGA